AUGGACUCAGUGGCUAUUGAGCCCACGAAGCGUCGGCGCUUCCGGCAGUGGACAGGGCAGCACCCUAGCGGUCCAGCAAACAACCCCAAUACUAGUGUUCCAGUAUACAACUUACCGGCCUGUACAUAUUCAGUUCAGGGUGUCCAGGCCGCACAUCCAGGGUCACCAAGUCCGUACCACAAUGUCUACGGUGUGAACUCUAUGGCUCAUCUUCCUACACGAAUCUCGGCUCCCCCGCCACAAGCACACACCCCACAGGCAAAACAUUCAUCUGAUCGUGCAAAAUGGACUUCAUACUCAAAAAUGAAUCUCUCAGUCUCAAAUAUCAUGAGUCAUGCCUCAGGAAAAGCCCAUGCUACGAUUAUGGACCUCGAAAGGCUAGUUCUACAAUGUGUGGGCGGGGCGCCGAAUCCUCAGGAACCUGCUUCACAACUUUUGAAUCAAGUACUCACUUCAAUUGAUGCUGGUAUCUUCUGUGGACGAGAAAAUGACCUUUUGACCGCGUGUUCCUUUCCAUAUCGACCAGAUCCGAAAAAGAAUCGUCGCGAGACUCGAACAGGGAAACACAAACCAGGAGGCUCGGUGGACUACUUUUCAAAGGUGUAUCUAUACGCAAACUCGAGAAUGCCUCAAAAUCUCCCUCCUCUGAAGUUCUACCCUGCAACAUAUCCACUUCUUCAACUCGCAGCCCAGUAUUCACGCCGAGUUUACGACAAGCCCAGUGGAAAGGAGCGCCACUCUUAUGUGGACUCCGACUGGGUUCAUGGUACCAAAGCAAUGGUGAUCAAAUCAUUGCCUGUUGACAACAUGAAUACAAUCAUCUUCUCAAUCCGCGGUACACAGAGCUUCAUGGACUGGGCCGUCAAUAUGCAGAUGGAGCCCGUGUCCCCCAAGGGCUUUUUAGACGAUCCUUCUAACUUCUGCCAUGCCGGUUUUCUAUCCGUGGCCCGGAAGAUGGUCGCACCCGUCGCUGCACGUCUACGCGCCUUACUAGAAGAAGACCCCAGUCGGAUGUCAUACUCGCUCCUAAUCACCGGACACUCCGCAGGCGGCGCAGUCGCAAGCUUACUAUACCUGCACCUACUAUCCAAUUCAUCAGAAGUCACCUCUGAGCUCACCCAUCUCCGAGGCUGCUUCAAGCACGUCCAUUGCAUUACUUUCGGCGCUCCUCCAAUAUCACUUCGUCCUCUCCUUCUUCCCGAGAACCGCAAAUAUUCCAAAUACAUCUUCUUCUCAUUCGUCAACGAGGGCGAUCCAGUCUGCCGAGCAGAAAAAGGAUACUUUCUUUCAUUACUGGAUCUUUUCGCAAAACCACCACCGGGAUCAAUCCUUUGUUUGAAUUCGAAGCCGCGCCCUGAGUCGGCUGUUUACUGGCCCGUUCCCCCAUCUAAGCUUUCCACAGCAGGCAGACUGGUUCUGCUUCGCGACAAAACCCGGCCUAGUGAUCGUCCAGAAGUAUACAGACCUCGAGCUGACGGGGCUCCUCCCCUCCCGCCUCGCGAAGACGUCGAGGCCUACGGAAUAACCGAUGCAGGACUUCGCGGCGUGGUAUUCGGGGACCCACUUACGCAUUUCAUGGACUUAUAUGCUCGGCGCAUCGACAUCUUGGCCCGCGAUUCAGCGAACAGGAAGCCGGAAACCAACUUCUUGAAAUUUCUCCACUCUUAA